GGAUGCAGCCAGGACAGCUGAUGCACUGGAAGCCCGACCCUCCUCCCAGCCUUCACAUUUCGUACCCCACACUUGAUUAUUCAUUCCGUCCAGGUACAAACGAGCAGUCGGGCAGCGCUGGUGCGUUUACGACUGUAUGUGUGUGUGUGUGUGGGAGAGAGGGAGAGAGAGAGAGCUUGUCGGACUGGUUUACUGCAAGCGACAUUACAGGGCUGCGUUAAGGGCUUAAGCUCGCUCAGAGCAGAUCAGAUCUGGAUUAAGCAAGGGGAGAUUGGAUCUAUUUCGAAGCGUAAGGCAUCGAGAUAAUACGAGCAGGGCUCUGUGGGAUGAUGCACUGAAAGCGGGCUGCUCUCAGGCGCCCAGCGGUCAUCAUCCUCAUCCUCAUCACCAUCCUCCUCCUCCUCAUCAUCAUCUCCUGCGCCUGCAGUGAGAACAGAUCCUGGUGCAUUGUGGUCACCAUCACGUAACCAUCGGGAGAGCUGCGGAAUCCCCCCCUUUCCUUUUUCUCCCCCCAGAAAGGACGGCGUGAUGGCCACUCUUCUGAGAAAGAUCGGUCUGAUCCGCUUGCACGACCGAGACACAGAAGACCCCAAGCACCAUCCGAAAGGGACUAAGCAAGGGAAUCAGAAAAACAGCACCAAGCACUGUCACCAAAACGAGACGAACAUCCUGAGCACCCCAGAAAUCAAGGCCAAGCGCUCGGACGUCUCCGCCAAAGACAAAGCUCCUGCGAAGGACAAGCCGAGCAAGGAGACGAAGGAGAAGCAGCAGACGGGAAGCGCGAAGUCGAGCGCGAGCUCCGUGCCACCGCUGGCGCCCAACAGGCAGCACUGCGCGCAGGUGAGGACGCGGCGCCUCAUGAAGGAGCUGCAGGAGAUCCGGCGCCUGGGAGACGACUUCAUCACGGUGGAGCUCGCCGACGACAACCUGUACGACUGGAACGUCAAGCUGCACCAGGUGGACAAGGACUCGGCGCUGUGGCAGGACAUGAAGGAGACCAACACCGAGUACAUCCUGCUCAACAUCUCCUUCCCCGACAAUUUCCCGUUCUCGCCGCCGUUCGUGCGCGUGCUCACGCCGAGGCUGGAGAACGGCUACGUGCUGGACGGAGGAGCCAUAUGCAUGGAGCUGCUGACGCCGCGCGGCUGGUCCAGCGCCUACACCGUGGAGGCCGUGAUGAGGCAGUUCGCCGCCAGCCUCGUCAAAGGACAGGGCCGGAUCUGCAGGAAAGCAGGAAAGUCCAAGAAGGCCUUCAGUCGCAAGGAAGCCGAAGCCACGUUCAAGAGCCUCGUGAAGACCCAUGAGAAGUACGGCUGGGUUUCUCCUCCCGUUUCUGACGGCUGAGGAGCUUGCUGUCUCCACAUCUUCCCCUUUCCCUCUCCACGCAGCUUUCUCCAGUUUCUCACCUCCAAACAUUCUUUUGUUUAAAAAAAAGAGGUAUCAUCUCACACUGUAUGUCGAUGACUCUUCAUUCGGUCGUCUGCCAUUGUUCACUAAGGUGCCAUGGACCACUCGCUCGCCGUGACAUCACAUUUCUAAACGAUGAAUGGAUACUACUAACAUGUUUGGCUAAAGGCAGUGAACGAAGCCCUGGGGAAAGUAAUUGGGACAGACCCCAACCCUCACGCUGACUCUGUACCUCUCGAUCACUCGAUACCUCUCUGUGUUUAUCAGUGUGUUCAUGUCAGUCCCUUCCUCCUCCAUCUCUUCUUCUUCCUCUUCCUCUUAUUCUCUGUUUUCUCUUUACUGUUUUAGAGAUGAUGACACAUUGCACUGAACGCCAUCAGACUUUCUUUCAUUUACAUGCAUUGUAACGAUAUUUAAUAGCAAGGCAGAUGGGUGCAGUACAUUUGAGGUUCAGUUUUGCCUGUUCUUCUUCAACUGUGCUAUUUUUUUCAUGGUUUCAAUGCAACAUGAAGAUUGUAAUUUAUGUGGAGCUGUGCUCUCUCUCUAUCUCUCUCUUUCUCUCUCUCUCACUCUCUCUCUCUAUGCGCGUGGCUAAAUUUAGACAUCACUGUGUUGCAUAGCUGGUGAUUGAUUUCUCGUGGAGAUGAUUUUAAAAAAACACUCGUUGCUUAUGCAGAGGUACUGUAAAGAUUAAAGAGUGGUAGUGAGCCAUUCUUGCGAAUCAUUAUCAUUAGUAUUAUUACAUUUUUUUCUUGGAGAAGACCAAAAGCAUUGAAUUUCAAUGAUGUUGAUACCAGAUGGCAGAACUGAAUGUCAGAGUCUCAGAGCAUGAGUGUGCGUGUGGUGUGUACACAGUAGGAGCAGAUUCACAUCCAUGAUGCUUUUUAGAAAUGUGCAUGAGCCUUUUGCGAUAAAUUUAGUGGCCUCAGAGAAGCCAGAAUCUGAUUAGCAUCUUUUUUUUUUUCUUUUUUUGGAUUUCUCUGUGAGACGAAAAAUACAUUUGGAGACUGAAUGUACCCGUCUCUGGUCCUGCUUACAAUGAGACAUGCCCCAGAUCCAAUGACUUCUUCCAUUUCUCAGUGCACAGGCAGUGAAAUGUCUAACAACUCAGGCCUCAGCUUCAAUCACAUUAAAAUGCUCAGUCUGCUUUAACUUUUUUUUUAUAACUACAGACUGAUAAUAAAAGGCUAAUUAAAAUGGACUGAAAGGGAUGGGUUGUUUGUUUAGCAGUGUGUAUUAGUAUUUAUUGGCUGCCUCUCCAAAUAUCAGCAUUAAUCCUGAAUGCAAUGAGACAUGAUGUCUGUAAGCACCUUUAAGUACGCAAUUCAAAGGAAAACUCCACCCUUGCAUAUUAAUAUUUAUAAUUAACAUUGAUCUUCAAUGGAAACCACAAUAUAUUUUGAGGUUUUGUGUUGUUUUGUUUUGUUUUAGUUUAGUUUAAACAUCAACCCUACCCUUUCGUCGACAUGUUAGUCAAUUUUCACUUUGGUUAAAGAGUUCCUUCAUUACCCACAAUGCUGUUCAGCUACCUGCUAAUAGUGGUGUCUUGGGGAAUUAUGGUGCAUUCAAUUUAACUCGGAAGUGGGAAGUCGGAACUCGGAAUUGCGUCACUUUUUACCUCAGUGCAUUCGAGCUACAAGGUGGGGAAAAGCUAACCAGCUAACAUUAGCGAUUUGAGGGAUAUAUAUUUACCUCCACAAAACAGCGAACUCUAUAGUCAAUUUUAUAGAUUUAACAACUAAUAUGUCUGUAUGUUGACUGACCUAAAGCAAAUACUUGUAUAUACUGUAUAACUCGUUUAAAAACUCGUUCAAAGAAGUGCUACUUUGUUUACUGGUGAUGCUGUGAGCAGCCAUGUUGAUAUGAUGUCAUGUGCUGAACUCGGGGUUGAAGACACCUUCCUGACUUUCCGAGUAGGAAUUCUGAGUUGAGGGGGGUUUUCUUUGGUUUUUCCUAGUUGGAGGUUGGAAACUCAGAGGUACAAGCUUUAGUCAAAGGCAGCAUUAGUCCUCACUUCAUCUCUACCUAAAGAGAGUGAUGGUCUGUCCAACUCUCUCAUCUAUUCAUCUGUACACUGUGCUCAAACACUAUCAGCUUCCAAAGCUUCAACUUCCAUGCUAAUCGCACUUGACAUCUUGUAGAUUGCUAACUAAUUGAGCUGACCAACUGCGUCGUAUAGCUGUGCUAACGUCUUCACUACUUCCAUGUUGGAUUUCUUAUUAAUAAGACUGAGAACAGUGACUAACCGUUAGGAGCUAACAGCAAACCUGAGCAUUACCGCCUAUAUCUGAGAUUAUGGAUAUUUUCUCCAAUUUAACACCAUUUAACACCAGCUUCUUAGAGGAAUAAUGAAAACACAGCACCAACCAAGAACUUAGCACCAGAAUCAAUUAAGACAUCACACAUAUUUCAAUAUAAACCUAUUUAACAUGUUUGAGGCUGGAGUUUUCCUUUAUAACAAGUUCUUGAGUGCUUCAUAUGACAAAUUGAGUGUGGAAGCAGUCUGUGCCUUCUACAUCUCGCACUUCCUGGUUUAUGUGACUGCACGCUUCGCAGCAGAAAGCCUGAUUAUAGCCUCCGGUGCCUCGGGGAACAUUAAAUGUCAUAAGGGAAGCUGCUAAUUAACAUGACAUUUGACAAAAAAAGGAAAGCGGUGAAUAAAUUCUAGACCCUCAGAGUUUGACGAUGCCCUUUCAGGCAGGAUGAUGCAGGUUCGCCAUGUGACUCAGACCAUCUAUGCGUCGAAAAGAUCCCAGAGUGCAAAUGGGCUCUCGAGAAGAUUCAAUUGCUGAAUUCAGGUCUGUCAUGUCAAGGCAUGAUCCGAGCCCAGACGUGUGUCUUCGUGUCACGCCAAAGGUUAAGAAUUCAGAAGCAGAAAUGAAGUGUUUAGAGCAGAUGUACUUAUUUGUGGAGGGAAAAGUUUGAGAGAGGAAAGAUCACCUGUGUUGAUCAGUUCUUUCUCCUGUUUUAAAAAUGAAAUGAAAUAUGUAUUCAUUAUUUCGUGACUUUGUCCAAACACUUUUUUCAGCAUCAUUUGUUUUACAUGAAACAAAAAAGGGAUCUACAACAAGUGCUAAAAGGCAAAUGUAAGUUAUAAUUGCCUUUAAUUGAGUUAUUAUAAUCCAGUCUCAGUUACCACAAGCCUUUGUGGAUUUUACUUGAUGAUGUGUGUAUCGCAGCAGGGAUUAAAAGCAUCAUUACGCUGCUUGUGUCACGACUUAUUCCAGCCUUUUCCAUCUGGUAAAAAACAAGAUCUCAUCACGCUCUUGGUCUUCUCCAGUCUCCGUUUGGACAGUCCUUUGAAAAAGUGCUCGUGUGUGUAUUCCUUAUGGAUUUAGCGAGAGGAGAUACUAUAAACAGCGACUAAUUAUCACGAUAUCUCGAACGUGGAUGUUUGCCGGCUUUAAGAGCAUACUUUUGUGACAUAGCCUAGACUGGUAGAUUGCAGACACUAACCGAGUUAAAUGUCCAAACAAGUGAGAUGACUCUAUUGUAUUAUAUCUGCAUGUGGUCUGUGAUUGUUAGCUAGCCAUUUUUUAGAGAAAAGCCAGAAAAAUAUGGAGAAAAUACGAAAAAAAAAAAUGUUUUUUUCCCUGUUAUUGUCCGUUUCUUUUUUGUUUUCAUUAAUGUCUAAAAUGUCAGAUUGUGUUAUAUGAAUGUUUUGUGUUUUAAUUUAUUUGUGGUUUGCCAAAAUGACGAUUUGGAAGCAUGUUGCAGGUAUUGUCACUGAUCCAAAAAAAAAAAAGUGGAAAAAAAAGCAAAACAAAAAAGCAGAAUGAUAUGUACCUGAAUUGAAGGAAGCGCCUAAUUAUGUGUAGUGAUCUCAGGCUCCAGCGUGGAAGGAAUAAAAGGAGGGAUGAAUUGUAUUUUCAAGACUGCACAAGCAACAUCACUGGACACAAUGGGAGCAAAACCAAACAGGAAUGUGCAAUAAAUGCUGUAGGCUUAUUCAAACCUGCA